AUGCUCAACCUCUCCUCCCGCACCGCGCAUGCGUGGCGGUCAGUCCAGCGACUGGCCGCCGGCAUGGCCACCGUCGCCGAGGGCAAGAUUGGCGACCGGAAGGUCGCCAUGUCUCUGCUCGAGCCCAAUGCGUACAUCAACUACCAGCGCAUUGAGGACAACCUCGCUAUCGUUCGCGACAGGCUCAAGCGGCCGCUGACGAUGUCCGAAAAGAUUGUGUACGGUCAUCUCGACGACCCGCACAACCAGGACAUCGACCGUGGGACGAGCUACCUGAAGCUGCGCCCUGACCGAGUUGCGUGCCAGGAUGCGACCGCUCAGAUGGCUAUUCUGCAGUUCAUGUCAGCAGGCAUGGACACUGCCGCCGUUCCGACCACCGUCCACUGUGACCACUUGAUUGAGGCCCAGGUCGGUGGCCCCAAGGAUCUGGCGCGCGCGGUUAACACGAACAAGGAGGUCUACGACUUCUUGGCUACGGCUACGGCGAAGUACGGUCUCGGUUUCUGGAAGCCUGGCUCUGGUAUCAUUCACCAGAUCAUCCUCGAGAACUAUGCCUUCCCCGGCGGUCUCAUGAUCGGUACGGAUUCGCACACUCCCAACGCCGGUGGUCUCGGUAUGGUUGCAUGUGGUGUCGGCGGUGCCGAUGCUGUCGACGUCAUGGCGGGUAUCCCCUGGGAGCUGAAGUGCCCCAAGGUCAUUGGUGUUAACUUGACGGGCAAGAUCAGCGGCUGGACUACUCCCAAGGAUGUUAUCCUCAAGGUCGCGGGUAUCCUCACGGUCAAGGGCGGUACUGGUGCCAUUGUCGAGUACAAGGGUCCUGGUGUCGAGUCGCUCUCGUGCACGGGUAUGGCUACGAUCUGCAACAUGGGUGCUGAAAUCGGCGCGACGACCUCGAUCUUCCCCUUCAACCACCGGAUGGUCGACUACCUCAAGGCAACGAAGCGCAGUGACAUCGCCGACUACGCGAAGACCUUCUCGCACAACUUGCAGGCGGAUAAGGGUGCCGAGUAUGACGAGCACAUUGAGAUUAACCUGUCUGAGCUCGAGCCUCACAUCAACGGUCCCUUCACCCCUGACUUGGCUACCCCGAUCUCGAAGUUCAAGGAGGCUGUGGACAAGAACGGCUGGCCUGCUGACCUCCGCGUUGCACUUAUCGGCUCUUGCACCAACUCUUCGUACGAGGACAUGUCCCGCGCUGUUUCGAUCGUCAAGCAGGCUGCCGACCACGGUCUCAAGACGAAGAGCCAAUUCACGGUUACCCCAGGCUCUGAGCAGGUUCGCGCGACCAUUGACCGUGAUGGACACAUCGCUGCGUUCGAAGGUGCCGGUGGUAUCGUGCUCGCCAACGCUUGCGGCCCUUGCAUUGGUCAGUGGGACAGGCGCGACGUCAAGAAGGGCGAGGUCAACUCGAUCAUCACCUCGUACAACCGUAACUUCACCGGCCGUAACGACGCUAACCCUGCCACUCACGCUUUCGUCGCUUCCCCCGACAUCGUCACUGCCUUCGCGUUCGCCGGCGACCUCCGCUUCAACCCGCUCACGGAUACCCUCACUGGCGCUGAUGGCAAGCCCUUCAAGUUCGUCGACCCCACCGGCGCUGAGCUCCCGCCCAAGGGCUACGACCCCGGUCAGAACACCUUCCAGGCUCCCCCGAAGGACCGCACUACCGUCCAGGUUGCCGUCGACCCCAAGUCUGAUCGUCUCCAGCUCCUGACGCCUUUCGCUCCAUGGGAUGGCAAGACCCCCACCGAUCUCCCGAUUCUCAUCAAGGUUAAGGGCAAGUGCACGACGGACCACAUCUCUGCUGGUGGCCCCUGGCUCAAGUACCGUGGACACCUCGAGAACAUCUCUCAAAACUGCCUGAUCGGCGCUAUCAACUCUGAGAACGGCGAGGCUAACAAGGUCAAGAACCAGAUCACCGGCGAGUACGGCGCUGUCCCCCAGACCGGUGCCUACUACCGCGACCACGGCAUCAAGUGGGUCGUCAUCGGCGACCACAACUAUGGUGAGGGCUCCUCGCGUGAGCACGCCGCUCUCGAGCCCCGUUUCCUCGGCGGUCUCGCUGUCAUCACCCGUUCGUUCGCGCGUAUCCACGAGACGAACUUGAAGAAGCAGGGUAUGCUCGCGCUCACGUUCGCCGACCCUGAGGACUACGAGAAGGUCCGCCCCGACGACCGUGUCGACAUCGUCGGCCUCGAGUCGUUCGCACCUGGCAAGAACGUCACGCUCGUGCUCAAGCACAGCGAUGGCUCCAAGGAGGAGGUAUCGCUCGCGCACAGCUUCAACCAGGGCCAGAUUGAGUGGUUCAAGGCUGGUUCGGCGCUGAACCUGAUGGCGGCGAAGGCGAAGCAGCAGUAG